AUGAAGGGUUCAGAACUUUUGUUAGUAGAUAUCGAUGAUGAAACAUCAACACGAUCAAAUUUUGGAUUUUUAAAUAAAAAAUAUCAUGUGACGUUACCGGUAUGUGCUUUAUUAUUUUUUGUAUUUGUAACAUCGGUCAUUGCAAUCACAUUUGCAUCACUGUAUAUGAAUGAUUUACGUGUUUGUAAUCCCAAUCUCAAAGAGAUUAAAAAUAUCAAACGUCGAUCAAUUUCUGAUAAUUUACUGUUCAGACAACCAUAUCCCAAUAAUGCCCUCCCGUUCGUUAAACCAAAAGAAAAUUCAAAAACUAAUAAUGAUUUGCCACCACUUGGACCUACUAAUUGUGUUAAUCCUCUUGAUCAAACUGAACCAUGGAAAAGAUAUCGUCUUCCAACAACUGUUUUUCCUAUUGAACAAAAACUUCAAUUAGAUCUUCCGCAUUUAAGUACAACAAAUGAUAAUUUCACGGGAACAGCUACAAUUAUACUUAAAAUUCAAUCGAAUACAUACGAUAUCAUAUUACAUGAAGUUGGAUUAUAUUUCACAUCUAUAAGUGUAAAAUUUAAUUAUAAUAGUACAACUCUUCCAAUCGAUUGUUAUUUUCAAUAUCCUGAGACCGAAAUGUUAGUAAUACAUUUGAAAGAAAGAUUAAUUGCUAACGAGUUAUAUGAGUUAAAAAUAGUUUAUUCAAGACAAUUGAGUAUACAUGGAACGGGAUUGUUUGAGAAUGAAUUUUAUAAUGAUGACUAUGGACAAGAUAAAUCAAAAAUGUUAAUCACACAUUUUCAACCGGUUCAUGCACGUUCAGCGUUUCCAUGUUUUGAUGAACCAAGUUUUAAAACGGAAUUUGAAUUGUCCGUAAUACAUUACAAUGAUACAACAAUUUUAACAAAUUGGAUUGAAUCGGAAUCAUUUUAUCAAGAUGGACGAUAUAUAACUGAGUUUCAAACUACACCGCCAAUAUCUUCAUCACUAUUGGCAUUUACAAUGUUUCAAACUGAUGAUUUUCAAUAUGAAAGUAUUACAACUCAAAAUAUUUUGGAGCGUCCAGUAACGAUUCGAUUAUGGGCACGAAAGAAAUAUUUUAGCAAUCCAAAUAUAAGCUAUGUCAAAGAUCCAUUGGAUAUGAUGAAAAAAUUAUUUGAAUCACUUCAAACAUAUUUUAAUGAAGUUACAACGGCGAUUAUCCAUGACAAAAUUGAUAUUCUUGCUAUACCUGAAUAUCCGUCCGAAGCCACACCAAACUGGGGUUUUAUUAUUUUUACUGAAGAUUCUUUAUUACAUAAUAAAUUGACAACAUCCGAAAAUAAUCAACAAAAUAUUGCACUAUUAAUUGCAAAACAAUUCGCAGAAUUUUGGUAUGGUGGUAUGGUAUCAUUCAGAUGGUGGGAUGAAUUAUGGUUUCAGGAAGCUAUUGGAAAUUAUUUAAAAUAUCGUGGAGUUGAUGGUGCAUAUCCCGAAUGGAAUAUAUACAAUCAAUUUAUUACUGAAGAGAUGAUACCUGUUAUGUUUGAUGAUGGUUUGACUAGUUCACAUCCAGUUAUUAAAUCUGUUAAUACUCCAACUGAAAUUGAUGAAUUAUUUGAUCGUAUUGAAACAUCAAAAGCAACAGCCAUUUUACGUAUGGCUGAAUAUUAUAUGGAACGUUAUAGUAAUAUUUCCUUUAAUAUGCGUCAUGUACUAAAUUUAUUUUUUCUAAAUGCAACAUUUGAUUUUUUGAAUGCACAAGUAUUUUAUGAUCAAUUUCAAAUUGGUCCAUGGAGUGGACAAGAAUUUUUUGAAAGUUGGUUUCAACAAGCAAAUUAUCCAAUAGUAUCAGCACAAAUAAGACAAGAGAACGGUACAAACGAUGUCUAUUUAUAUUUGACACAAUCGAGAUAUUUUCUCAAUAAUGAACCGUAUUAUGAUUUAUAUCCAACAAAUCGUUUUAAUUAUACAUGGCUUAUACCAUUAAUAUGUUCAUUUGGAAAUGAUUCAACCACUAUUGUCAGAUCGAUUGCAUUUAAAGAUAGAGAAAGUAAAAUUAAAUUAGACAGCUGGUAUAAAUACGUUCAUUGUGAUGAAGAUUUUUCUGGUUAUUAUCUAAUGGAUUAUGAUUCUACAAAUUGGGAAGAACUUGCUAAUGUUAUGAUAAAUGGUAAUACACAAUUAAAUGAAUUAAAUCGUGCACAAAUUAUACACAAUGUAUUCAUGGAUGCACGAGCCGAACAUGACAGUUAUAUGGCUGUUAGACAAAUAACGCAAUAUAUGCUUCUAGGGCGGGAAAACGACUACUUACCCUGGCGUGCGUUAGCUACUCAUGUUUAUCAAAUGUUGGAUAUUCUUGAAUUUGAAGCAACGUUUGCUAAAGUUGAAGAAUAUUUUCGUCUGGUAAUACAAAAUACGUAUACAAAAAAUCAAGAUUCCUUGUGGAUUGAAGGAAACAAUCACACUCAAGAAUUAUUAAAAAAUACAAUAAUCAGAUUUGCGUGUCGACUUCAGUUGCAGGCUUGUAUUCAAAAAUCAUCAGAACAAUGGGAUCUUGCAUUUUCAUCGAUGUUAUCAGAAACUGCUCUAAAUCCAGUUCCUCCUCAUGCAAGAGCAACAGUGUACAUAACUCAUUUCAAAAAUACAUACAAUGAUUCCGAAUGGAUUCAAGUCGAUUCUAAUUAUCAUACAAUUGACGAUCGACAAGAGCGAUUGCUUUUACUUACAGCUAUGACACAAUCACGUCAGCCAUGGCAUCUUUAUUAUUUGUUGUUAGAAGAAGCGAAUAAUAAUCGUAAUCGAGAUAUGAAUUUAUUAAGAACAUUGACAUUAAUCAGUUUAAAUCCUGUUGGUAGAGAAUUAGCAUGGUAUUACUACAGACAUAAUUGGAACGAUCUACAAACAGAAAACGAUAAAACAAAUGUGAGAUUAGGACAGUUAUUAAUCGAUAUCACAGCAACGUUUGAAGAUGAAUUUCAUUUAUUACAGUUAGUUGAUUUUUUCUCAUCACUGCCUGGUACUAAUGCAAAUUUAAAUUCUCAUUAUUUGUCUUUGGAACGUGCAACAGCAAAUUUUAUAUGGAUUGUUGAUAGAAAAGACGACAUGGAAGAAGCAUUCGAAUUAGAUAAAGUUAAGCUGUUGAAAUAA